CAUAAAUACAUCACGGGUCUUAUCGGAACGCAAAUUUUUCGAUCGCGAACCGCAUCUUCGGGGUAUAAGUUUCGCCGUAAUGAGCCGGUGAAGCCGCGACUCGCAUCCAACAGCCGCGUACGAUCCUUGCAACCGCGCCCCGUAAAAAUAUCAGGCGCGACAUGGACACCGAGCAACCGGAGAAAGACGAGGAAAAAAAAUCCGCUAUUUGGUCGCAGUGGCUGACCGCGUUCACGCUCAGCUUAGCCGUUAUCGGAAGUGGUCUCGCGAAUGGCUGGGCAUCGCCGUACUUGGCUCAACUGACAUCAACGGAAGCGACCGUGCCUUUGAGACUGACAGACACCGAAGUGUCCUGGGUGGCGUCCCUUUUAAAUCUUGGCCGGCUGGCCGGCGCUUUGCUCGCCGCACUGUGUCAAGACUGCAUUGGAAGGAAGAUGGUGCUUCUGCUCAGCGGCGUGCCGUUGGCCACGAGCUGGGUGCUCAAUAUCUGCGCCACAACGGUCCCGUGGCUCUACGCCUCCAGAUUUAGCUCGGGCAUCGGGACAGGGAUGCUGUGGAGCGCAUUGUCGAUCUACCUAGGGGAGAUCGCUGAUCCUAGAAUUCGUGGAUCGUUGAUAUCCAUGAACGUGAACGCGUCUUCCAUCGGUAUGUUCCUGGGCAACGCGAUGGGUCCUUAUCUGUCCAUGGAGAUGUUCGGGUACGUGAGCCUCGUCCCGAAUAUUCUCUUCAUGAUCCUCUUCAGCCUGAUACCCGAAUCACCCUACUAUUACCUCUUGCACGGGGAUACAGGCAAGGCCGAGGAAUCCUUGAAGUGGUUCAGGCGAGAAGCUGACGUCAAGGCGGAGAUGCGAGAGCUCCAGGAAUUCGUCGACGGGGCUGGAACUAAUAUUUUCCUAAACUUGAAGGAAUUCCUUCUGCCAAGCAACCUCAAGAGAACAAUGCUCGUCCUGGGCAUCUACGCCUUCUCCUACAUGAGCGGGUACAACGCUAUGUUCGCGUACGCCGAGAUAAUCGUGACGAAGUGCAAGAUCAACAUGAAGCCGAGUCUGGCGGUGACGAUUCUCGGUUUAGCGACGAUCGUGGCAGGAUCCACGGCUACGUUGAUGGUCGACAGACUAGGCAGGAAGCGCCUCCUCAUCAUGUCCGGGUUGGGGUCAUCGGUAUCGUUAGCGCUGUUAGGCCUCCACUUUCAUCUCCUCUCUCUGGACUACGACGGCGCCAGUUUAACAUGGCUGCCCCUAAUCGCCUUGAUACUCUUCAACAUCUCCGUUUGCGCCGGUUUGCAACCAGUCCCGAGCACCAUCUUGAGCGAGGUCUUCCCGACGAACCUGAAGAGUCUAGGCUGCCUGUUCGUAAGCUCGAACAACGCCAUACUCUCCUUCCUCAGCGCAAAGACCUACCAGCCGUUCUUGAACUUGGUCGGCGACAAAUUCGUCUUCUGGACCUACGGCUUCUGCAUGCUGUUCCUAGCUCCUUACGUCCACUUCUUGCUACCUGAGACGAUGGGCAAGAGCCUGAUGGAAAUACAACGGUCGGAUAAAAAGUAGAAGCCUCGAGGGAAGUCCUUAUUCGAAGCCAGCAUCCUCUCCGCGGACAACUCCUUGAACUUACGUUUCGUAGAUUCUAAGAUGCAACCGGUUCUUCUGUGCAGUAUUAACGUCUCCGUUGUAGGCGAACACGAAGGAAUGUAAUUUAUUUAAAUAUAAAGUUACGUUUGUUAAGAAAUCGGUGUUCAUCUUGUGUCGUUCUUCGGGUCUUUGAAUGAUUAAUUAGUACUACGCGAAGAGGGUGUACAGGGAAACUGUUACCAGUUAACUAUAGUCGCAUUUUUUAUAUUUAAUUUCUGAGACCUUAGGUAUCCGUCAAUUUUGAUAAAUUCGUGCUUAAUUUUAUUCACAGUGAACUCAAUUAUAUUAUUUUAACCUGUUAAGCAAUCAGAGCAUAUCCGAAAAUGAACCUAAAAUUUACAAAAUUUUUCAAUUCGAAGGAAACAUUACGAUAUAAGCCGUGGUUUUCUAAAAAUAAUAUUUUUAUUUUUUAAUA